GGGCACGCGCUACAGAGAGGGGCCUGAUCCAGUGGCGCGUGCGUACUGUUUGUAAACAGCUGGAUACCUCAGAACGUGAGAACCGGAACCAGACCCUGGACCGGCCAGCGAAGAUGUGGUAAAGCUGCCCAACUGAGAUUGAGUGUUAUACAUGUGCACGUCGCUAGCUAGUGCCAAACGCAAAUACUAUAUUACUGCGUAGAUAGCAUUAUUUGAUCCGGUCUACAGCCGAACUCAGUAAGCGCUGCAGUGUUGUGGAUUAGUUGAGCAUCGUAAUGGUUUCUGGUUUACGAGAUAAACUACAAUUCCGGUUUAGCAAAGGAGCGUACUCGCCAAUUCUGGAUCGCAGUCGUCAUUAAAUGUUGUGCUCGUCAGUCCGGACAGUUUAAGUGGAAUAUAUGGGCUUGCUAGGAUGAGAGUAUUAAAGGACAACUAGCACUGAUCGAGUCCAAGGGACGCUGACCUUGACACGUUAUGGAAAUCGGAGUUAUUGGGCAAUUGCGCUGUAGUUGCUUAUACUGGAGCUGCUAACACAGAAGGAGAGGCCCAGUGGAUAGUGUUGGUCCAGACCUCCUUCAUGGCUGAUAUUUACUAAACAACUUGAGUCAAGUGUUUCUUCCUGACAGCAUUCUGGCAAGGUGCGGGAAGGGAAAUCGAAUAGCGACGGCGAGGAUUUACUGUCAGUCAGCCUGGACAGCUGCAAGCCAAGGAUGACCGAAGAGGCGAUUUCUUUAUUGUUUACCACUGGUCGCCUCCUACGACAGCGGUAUUUCAUUGACUUGUUUUCUGGUACUUUCUUAGUCCCUCACUCAACUAAAAAGUGAAAGAUUGCCAAGUGGACUGUUGUUUCGCUGUCCUGUCAGAAAUGCCCUGGCCAUUUUCCGAGUCCAUUAAAAAGCGGGCCUGCCGCUACCUGCUACACCGUUACCUUGGCCAUUUUCUGCAAGAGAAGCUGAGCCUGGAUCAGUUGAGUUUGGACUUGUACCAAGGCACAGGCUCGUUGGCGCAGGUCCCUUUGGACAAGUGGUCAUUAAAUGAGAUCCUGGAAUCCGUAGAUGCUCCUUUUGAAGUAAUCGAAGGCUUUAUCCAAACAAUAUGUUUGUCUGUUCCGUGGGCUUCACUGCUACAGGAGAACUGUGCCUUGGAAGUAAAGGGGCUUAAGAUGGUUUUCAGACCAAGACCUCGAAUGGCAUCUGAUUCAGAACCAAUGUGCUGGUCCAGCUUCAUGGCUAGCAGCAUGCAACUUGCCAAGGAGUGUCUUAGCCAAAAAUUGACAGAUGAACAAGGUGAAGGUCUUCAGCCUUUAGAGGGUCUAGAGAAGUUUGCAGAAACAAUUGAAACAGUUCUAAGAAGAGUUAAAGUAACAUUUUUGGACACAGUUCUCAGGAUUGAACACAUACCAGAAAACUCAAAAACUGGAAUAGCUCUUGAAAUGCGCAUCAGUAGAGUUGAAUAUUUUGAUGAAACCGGAGAUGAAUGUUCUGGAGUAAAUGUUCAUCAACCAACAAUGUUUGCUCAUAAAACACUGAAGCUAAGUGGGUUUACAGUAUUCUGGGAUGAGUUUUCAGAAGCAGCACGGACCUGUCCCAAGUUCUCAUCUACUCAGCCAGAAAUAGAACCAAAGCUUUCUCCAAGCUGGAAUCCCAAAAUCAUUUGUGAGCCACAUCCACAGUUUACAAGAACAGAGUCUGAAGCAGCACCUUUUGAACCUGUGCAAAUUGGUUACCUGAGUGGCACAGUGGAUCUUAGCCUUACUUUGAAACAAAAUGAAGCAUAUCCAGGAGCAAAGCUGGAUGUCAAUGGACAGGUUGAUUCUGUAAAUAUGCUUAUGUCCCCACGCCAAGUCCACCUUGUAUUGGAUAUGCUUGGAGUGUUCUCAGGAUCAGAGCAUUCUGUUAAAGGAACCCAGAGUUGCAAAGAUAGGAAAAGCCGUCCUAUUCAACAAGAGGAUGAAUAUCGUCUGCAUAUGGAGCUUAACCGAUACCUGAAAAAAGACUUGCUGUCUGUUGGAGGACUUGGAGAGCAGGACUUUUUUGAGAAUGAAGCAACAAGGCAUACUUCAAGUCGAGAAGAAGAAGUUUUCUUUUCUAUGGCUGAAAUGGAUAUGUCUCAUAGCCUCUCUUCUCUUCCUCCUCUUGGAGACCCGCCCACUGAUGAUUUGGAUCUUUCUUUGAAUAGUCAGUAUACUGCUUCUCCAACAGGAUCCCCCUCUGGUAAUGCUGCUACGGUAUGGGAUGAUUACUUAGAACCUCCAAGACAUCGGGAAACAGUGGUGCAAGAACCUGGUUUUCUACACAAGGAGACCAAACCUCACCCAAAGCUGCUUCGACAGACCUCAUCCAAGUCCAACUCCUCUGAUGAAUCGCGGCCAGAUGUUGUGUUCAGAUUGGCAGUGAGUAGUUUCUCAGUGCUUGUGCUUCACAUCGAUCCACUCCCUCCACCAGAAACAAGCCUCAGUCAAAACCCGUUGCCAAUAAUGGCAGCAGGAUUUUUUAGUUGCAUUGAAAAAAUAAACACUUCUGAGUUCACCAAAGGAAAUUUUAAGAAUCUUCGCCCAGUUUUUGACAAAGCCUGUCCCCAUGAUCAUCUCAGGUUUAUUGGCACUUCGCUCAAGAUGAUGUAUGAGCAGCGUCAGGGGCCUAAUUUUCGUGUUUAUAAUACAGAUAUGUCCAUUGGAAACAUGGAGCUGUUGGAAUGCCUCUUCCCAACAGAUUCCUUAUCCUGCGCACCACAGUACACUGAGCUUGUAAGAUUUGACUCUGGCCAUAUGAAGGAAUCUUCCUCUACCUGUUGCUUACAUCUAAAUUACAAGUUUUCUGAACGUCGGGGACCACAGGGCAGCCAGGGUCGACUUAGCUCCAUGCCUCAAAAAGCCGAAUUUAAUAUUGAACUGGACUCUGUAUAUUCAGAACUGGACAUCAGCAUUGUAGACAGACUCAACUCUUUGCUACAACCGCAGAAAUUAGCCACUACUGAAAUGAUGGCAUCCCAUAUGUAUACAUCAUACAAUAAGAAUGUUAGCCUUCACAAGGCAUUUACUGAAGUCUUUCUGGAUGAUUCAAGAUCACCCUCCAACUGUAGGGUAUCUUUUUUAGUAAACAUGCCCAUAUUAAAUCUGGCUGUGCGAUUUCCAAUACCUGACUUGCGUUCAGACCAGGAAAGAGGUCCCUGGUUCAAGAAAUCUCUGCAGAAGGAAAUUCUUUAUCUGGAAUUCAGAGAUGUGGAAUUCAAAACCGAGUUCACUGUGGGGUUUUCUCAAGAACAGAUGAAGCUUGAAUUAACAUUCAGAGAAAUGAUUGGCAGCUUUCAGGAUAACAGCUACUAUGCAGAUGCCAUUCAGAAGUUCCUCAGGGUGUCUCGUGGUGUAGAUGGAGAAAUGACUACCUCAGAUUCUGGCAAGUUUGACUGGCCAAGGAUUGAGUUAAAGGUAAACCCUAUGGCAGUACACUCCAUUUUAGAGCGAGUAGCCACAGGAGAAGAGGAAACUGAGGGCCACUCCCCAGAAGAGGAAGAAGGCACAGCCCAUUCCUUAAAAGAUGUCUGUGAUUUUGCAAAACCUGAACCUUCUCCAUUCUCUUCUCGCCGAGUUAUGUAUGAAAAUGAAGAGAUGGUAAUUCCCGGAGAUGUACAUGAAAUGAAUGAAUUUCAAGACAAGACUAUAAGCAGCUCUCGUUAUGUUUUGGAACUUUGUUUGCCAAAUGUUGAAUUGUCUUUGCCAAACAAGGCCUUUUAUGAAAAGCUACACAACAGAAUAAAUAAUGACCUGUUGUUAUGGGAACCUACUGCUCCCUCACCAGUGGAAACAUUUGAAAACAUUUCAUAUGGUGUUGGUCUAUCUGUGGCAAGCCAGCUGAUAAAUACCUACAGCAAAGAUAGUUUCAGCCAGUUCAGAUCAGUCAUGCCUGAUGAAGACGAGAGUGGUUCAGAGGAGGAAACUAUGCAGUAUUACACUACUGGAGAUCCUGGCUUUAGAAAUCGUCGGAAACGAAAGCUUGAACCUCAAAACAAAACUUCCCAAAGCCUAUUAUCUGUUCUUCUUAAUGUAAACCAUGGACUUGUCACCUUACAGACAGAUGCAAAGCAAGAAGAUGGUAAAAGAAUAGAAGGAAAGCAUGGUGAAUUCUGGCUAGAAAUUGACUCUGGUGUUUUGUUCAGUGUAAGUCAGUAUGAGGGAUAUGAAGAUCAGCAAUAUAUUUGCCUCCAUACCAACCGACUAUGCCUUUAUCAUCAAGGUUUGGUGGAUGACACAGUUCCUAAGGGAGAGAUCAAAAUGCCCAGUAAAACCCGACCUCACUGGCUGGAGCCUACAAUCUACCGUUCUGAAGAAGGACUCAUUAGUAAACAAAAUGCCUCAGAUCCAGUUGCAGUAGAAAACCAAAAUAUGUUGUCAGUUGCCAUCAAGAUACAUUCAGAAAAUUUGGAGCGCAAUCUUAAAGAGUAUAUUGUCUCUGUGGGAGUAAGAGGAGCGACUCUUCAGCACUGCAUUGUUCCGUCUAGCCUCAGCUGGCAUGAGCAGAUUUUAGAUUUUUUGAAUGUAUCGGAUGAGCCAGUUCUUGGUUAUAAUCCACCUGCAUCAGGCACUACAUUUCACUUGCACCUGUGGAGCUGCUCUCUCGAUUACAGACCCCGAUCUCUCCCAAUACGAUCCCUCCUUACUGUUGAAACAUUUAGUAUCUCCAGGAAUAUAUCACUCGACAAGUCUUCCUCAACAUUGAGAAUAAUACUUGAUGAAGCUGCUUUGUUUUUAUCUGACAAAUGCAAUGCAGUAUCCGUUAACCUCAGCAGAGAUUAUGUGCAGGUAGUGGACAUGGGUCUAUUAGAGCUACGCAUUAGUGCCACCAAACCUGGAAAAAAUGGCGAAAGGACUGAACCUAGAUUUGAAAUGCGCUGCUCCAGUGAUGUUAUUCAUAUACGCACCUGUGCAGACUCCUGUGCCGCUCUCAUGAACCUCAUACAGUAUAUAGCAAGUUAUGGCGAUCUGGCACCUCCUUCUGAACUAGAAACUAAUGUAUGCCACACAAAGCGAGGCAGACUUGAUAUUCUCAGCCAACCACCAUCACAACCUUCACCCCUUCCUGAAGCUGAGCAGCAGAUGCUGCAGGACUUAAUGAGUGAAGCAAUGGAGGACACAGACAUCCAGCAGAUGCUGCCCUCUGAUGGCCCACAUACUAAUGGUUCACAUGAUGUACUUGCACAAACAGUGGAGCCAGCUCGUUCUGAUCUCUUCCUGUUUCCAGAUGAGAGUGGUACUUCUUCGCGGGAGCCAAGCCCAACCCACAUACCUUUUCACCAGCCAAUGAUUUUCACUGCAGUUCCAGAGUCUGCUCCAGAGAGUGACGAUUUCUGUAUUCUAGAAACUCCCUUAUCAGGAGUUAAUGAUCGUGAUGAAGAGCCACUAGUGAAGAAGCUAACCAUGGAUUCAAUUGAAAUUAAAGAAAAUCACUUUUGCCCUGUUGACAGGGCUGACUCAAAUAAGGUGCCAAUGCGCUUCCCUGUUCCAGAGAUUAGGUAUUUAGUGAAGGAAAUCUCUCUCAUUUGGCACUUGUAUGGAGGCAGAGAUUUUGGGAGUGGGCAGAUCACAUCCUCCCCAGCUAAGAGUCACAUCUGCACGCCACACAGUUCUCCAUCACAAACUCCAGUGAGGCAGGGCCGUACCUCGGCUCGUAUUGGUGGUGGAAGAGGAAGAAAGCUUGAUGUUCUCAUGGAAAUACAGCUGAGCAAGGUGAAGUUCCAGCAUGAGGUUUACCCCGAGAGUGGGACAGACUGUGAAUUCGGUGUAGGGGAGCGGCCAGUGUCCCGACAGAUGUUUAUUGUUCAGGACUUAGAGAUACGGGACCGUCUGGCAUCAUCACAAAUGAAUAAAUUCCUUUAUCUGUAUUCCAGCAAGGAAUUACCCAGAAAGGCACAUUCUAAUAUGCUGACAGUGAAAGCUUUACACGUUUGUCCUGAGUCAGGACGUGCACCCCAGGAGUGCUGUUUGCGAGUUUCUUUGAUGCCCCUUCGUCUGAAUAUCGAUCAGGAUGCUCUGUUUUUCCUGAAAGAGUUUUUCUCUAGUCUAGCUGCUGAGGUGGAGCUUUUAGCACCACCCGAACAAGAAGCGAAGAAGCCUCCAGCACCAGACCUGUCCUGUAGCUUUCCUAAGCAUGGAAGUAGCAGUUUGGAUCCUGCUCCAAUAAUUUCAGUCCCAGGACAAAGCAGACAGAGCAUGAAUGGAAUGACACUUUCCAGCAGCACAGAACAUGGUGAAGCUGACACUUCCAGUUCAGGAGCGUCAUUUACUGACCAGCCAGUGUUCUUCAGGGAAUUCCGUUUUACUUCAGAAGUACCCAUUCGCCUGGAUUACCAUGGGAAACACAUGGCAAUGGAGCAGGGCACCUUUGCAGGCAUCGUAAUCGGGCUAACUCAACUCAACUGUUCAGAACUGAAGCUGAAGAGACUUUGCUGCAGGCAAGGACUACUGGGUGUUGAUAAACUCUUUGCUUAUGCAAUUGGUGAAUGGCUAAAUGAUAUUAAAAAAAAUCAGCUGCCAGGAAUUUUGGGAGGAGUUGGCCCAAUCCAUUCUUUGGUCCAAUUAGUUCAGGGUGUAAAAGACCUGGUUUGGCUACCAAUUGAACAGUAUAGAAAAGAUGGAAGAAUCGUUAGGGGUUUUCAGCGUGGUGCUUCUUCUUUUGGAACCUCAACUGCUAUGGCUGCUCUGGAACUAACCAAUAGGAUGGUUCAGACAAUUCAGGCAGCAGCUGAAACGGCCUAUGAUAUGGUAUCUCCUGGACCUGAUGACAGUGAGUUAAAAAGAAUCAAGCGCCUCUCUCACUAUCGCCUAACGCAUCAACCAGUCGACUUGCGAGAAGGUGUAGCCAAAGCAUACACAGUUGUCAAGGAGGGAAUAACGGACACUGCACUGACAAUUUAUGAUACAGCAACACGAGAGCAUGAACAACGAGGAGUCACUGGAGCUGUGGGUGGAGUUUUGAGGCAAAUCCCUCCAGCUGUGGUGAAGCCACUCAUUGUGGCAACAGAGGCUACUUCCAACGUUUUGGGUGGCAUGAGAAACCAGAUACGCCCAGAUGCUCGCCAAGAAGAAUCCCAGAAAUGGAGAUUAGGGGAGGACUGAUCAUUCAGUAGAGAAGGAAGUACAGCAGUAGCUUAAAGCAUAGCAGUGCUUAACAGUAUACCAGUAGCAUUUGCUUAUCUUGUGCUGAUAAAUAACCUAUACUGAGCAAUCCAAACUGUAUGCACAUUCCUUUUGAUCAGCAUUUUACUUGGGGGUCUCCAGUUGUGCCUUUCUAUAAGCAUGAUUGUUAACAUAUGUAUCAUAAAAUCUUAUUUUAAUAGUUUGGUGUCCUUUCAAGCUGAUAGUUUCAUAGAAUGAGUUCUGCUAAUUUACCAUAAAGAUUAAUAGCAGUUAUCUUGCAGUACUCAUUACAUUUAACACUUUUUUUUUUUUUUUAAACUAUCACUGGAUUUUCAAGACUGGUGUUUACCACUUGGGCCAUUUAACCAUAUACUAGCUAUAUGAUGAUGCUCCACUUCCUCUUCUUGUUGUCACAUUUUUGGCACACCCACUAUAAUUGAAUGCUUCAGUAAAAAAAAUACAAUGCCUUUUAUGAACAGCCAGUAUAGCAGUGCUUAUUUUUGAACUGAUGAGAUUUAAUUGAAUUAGAACAAUUAUAGAUUUGCUUUCAGCAUUACAGUUCAUUUGGAGUUCAAAUCAAGUCAGAAGUACAAAUUAUAAUAGCACUUCCAAAGGUUCUAUAUGCAGAAGUUAUUGACUGGCAAAAUGUAAUGUAAAUGUAGCCAGUCUUGUUUUGGUUUCAGGAUGGUAUUUCACCAUAGAAUCUGAUCGCUUAUGCUUAUUUUCACAAAGCCUCGCUAUAAUAGAGCCAUGAACUUGUUGAUAAUUAUUAAAGGAUUGUUUUCAGUUGCUAGCAUGAAACUUCUUUUCUGAGAAAAGCUUAUAUUUUCCUUUAAUAAUAUAUAAUUUGCUUUUUUCCUCUUUCAUCUUUAUGUAAGAAUAUUUCUCAAAGAUAACUUCCUUGAAAAUGAAGAUGCUGCCAUAUUUUAUCAAAGUUGAACUUUAUUAAUGCACUCUGGGAUCUCUUGGUUUCAAAAGCAUCUUCAGACCGUCUAAGACCAUUGUGUUAAUAAUUGUGCUGCUCAUUUCAUUUGUACAUUUUUAAUUAUUACAUUUUAAUUUUUUGUAUUUAAAUAUGUCAUUAUUAAAAUAAGGGAAACUGUAAAUGUUGCUAAUGUACAUAUGUGUCAGAAGUUUAAAAUGUUUACCUCUUGUGAUAUCCUUAGCCAUUUCUGUUUUCCGAGUCAUUUCUAUUUCCUCACUUUUAUAUUCAGGCUUCACUGCUGUUAUAUUUGGGCAGUUAAUGGUAAGUCUUAAUUAUCAUGUACUGUUCACUUAAAUUUGCUAGCAAUUUUUAUAUUUCAUAAAAAUUAUAGAAAGACCUACUUUAAGCCUAAACAUACAGAGUGAGUACUGGAAUAUUUUUGUUGAAUUGCAAGAAGAAAAAACAAAUUGCCUCAUUCAACUGCAGGAGUCAUACACUAUUACAAAUCCAGUUUAACCAAUUUCGAACAGUGCUUAGGUGGGCUUAAGUUGUGUUUUCCUGUAUAUUUUGUUCAUACUGUAUGUGCUCUGUAAUGCAGGUUCUUUAUUUAAGUACCUAGGAAAUAUUAUAUUGCUUGUAUAUAGUUAAUGAGUGUACAGACUAAAUAGUUAAUUUGUGCAAAUGAUAAGGCAUGUAAUUACCUGUGUAAAGAUAAAUAAAUAACUCCUUUGAA